UCUUGUCAUCCAAUGAGAGUGAUCACAAUUGGUUGAUUUGCGGAAGUGCGUCACAUUGUUUACAAUUCUAACGGAUCUGGCUUUGUUGUAGGCGACCGCGGCGCGUUAACAUAACCACAGAUUCUUCAGCGUGAUUUGAACGGCAACCACAAUGUCUAUUUCAUGUGCUUAAGUAACGUUAUUAUAUUAGUUUGUCACAUGUUCAGUGCGAGUCUAACCAUUGCAAAGAAGGUUAGUGUGCAAUUCAUAACUUUAGAUUUCACGUCACUGCCCUAAAAUAGUCACGAGUCAAGCCACUGCAGAUGCUAUAUAUGGAAUGAGACAUUUAAUACAUAAUUAAGUCGUUUUUUUAAUAUUAUUUUUUUUUAAGUAUGAUCUUAAAAAUAACAUCGCGUUAGUUCAUUUUAAGGUAACGUUAGCUACCGCUAACGUUAACUUUCUAAACAAAUGUAAAAUGAGUAGUGGUCUUUUAAUGCAACACUAAUAGAUUCAAUACCUAAUAACGUGGACAUUAAAUAUAUAAUAAUGUUAGCAUAAGAUACAAAACAAUGUUUCAAAUAUUGUUCCAGUCAAGAAGUGUUUCAUAUUGAACCACAGCUACUGUCAUUCAGUGUAAGUUAUGACAAUGUUGAGCAGUAAAUCCAACGACGAGAUCCGAUAUAUGCUGGAUGAUUAUGGAAUAAAACAUGGUCCUGUGGUCGAUUCCACCAGAGCUCUUUAUGAGAAGAAGCUGAGAGAAGCCAUGGUUAAACACAGAAGAACCCAACCUCAAUCCGAUAGGACAUAUUACAGGGAGGAGGAGGAGGAGGAAGUCACCUACAUUCACCAUCGCAGGCCUCAACAUUAUGGUGAUGUGAGCGACAGAAUGUGGUCGAAUUAUAGAGGGAUGGACUACGUAGAUGAGCCUGCUAUAUAUAGGACUCAAACUUCUUACAGCAAUACGUCACAAAUGAGAAACGUGUCGCUGGAGCCUCAAAUCCAGAAAACACCAGAGAAGAGUUCAACACACUUGGUCCCAGUUUGGCUACAGAUAUUAGUGUUUCUGAUUAUUUCUGGUCUUCUGUACUUAGUUUUUAUUAAUAUGGAACCAGCAGAGCCAGUCAAAAGACUGACGUAACCUUUCCUUUUAGUGAUCCAAUCAAACUGGAUUUUUAAAACCGCAAAUAUUCAAUUCAAUUUUUUAUUCAGUUUUUUCCAUGUUUUUUUUAACUUCAUACAUGUUGUUGAUUUUUUUUGUGUGAUGAUAUAUCAAAGUAAUAGUCCAACAUGGCUUCUCUUUUGAGAAUAUAAAGGAAGUGGGUGUUACAGGAUGCACCUGUUCAAGAAUUAUGUUCUUUUUGAAUUUUUUUUUUAUUACUGGGUUAAGAUGCAAUAACAGUCCAUUUUACAUAACUGUAUUUUUAGUCAUUUCUUGGGCUUUUAAUUUUUGGUAUAUUACUACUCGAGUGCUACUAGAAAGCCUUUUUGUAUAAUUACUUAAACAUUUUAUAGAUUAGUUACUAGAUUUAGUGUUUGUGUAUUUUUCCAUGCAAUAUGUCUGGAAGUAUCAGUAUUUGGGACAGACCCUUGAUUUAUAUGUAUUUGAAUACCCUGGAGCCACAUAACAUGAGUGUCAGAAUCAAUGCUUUCUGAUGUUAUUUAAAAACAACUGGUUUUAUUAAAAGGUACAUUUUAUAUACAUAUAAAAAUGUUCAUUAUUUAACUUGUUUGUUUACAGUAAAAACACAAGCAUGUCAAAAUUGUGAUUUUUGUUUUUAAUGGCAAAAUAAAAGUAAAAAUUGUAUUACAUGUACCAAAAUCUACAAUAAAAGAACAACCAUUAGUUCUCUAUACUGCAAUACAUGAAUAUAACAGGAAGUGACCGUAUUGUUUUGUCACACUUUACUAUACUAUUGUUUUUUUAGAGUACAAAACAAGUGUUUUAAACUAAAGUUGUUCAUUUCAAAUCUGUCAGCCUCUACCGAUGACAUUAAGAACCUCACAUUUUUUUCCCUUGUUGCAAAUGGAGUGUAUAUUCAAUUCUACUGUAGUGUUUGCAACUGUUUUCUUAGCUUUACUCAACAUUAGUGCUGCUUAAAAUGUUCACCGUAUGCCUAUAUUCCAUUACUAUUAUUAAUUAUUGUUCCAUAAUAUUUGUAAAUACAGACAUUAUAUUAUUCUGUACUACAUUAGAAUAAAAUGAGGAUUUGUUCUUU